AUGGCUCGUCCGCUCCCGUAUACCUUUAUCUCGUGUCCUUGCGCUGAAAUUCCGCUCUCCGGACAGCCUACAAACCGGCUAUCUAGAGAUCUCUCUAGCCUCUCCCUGGCACGGUCCGACGAUGACGACGAUGAAAAGACGUUUGAUCCCAGGUCCCCUCGAGCCAAUUAUUCCCUUUAUCCUCCAGAACACCUUCUAUAUUGCGAGGACUGCCAUCAAAUAAAGUGUCCACGAUGCAUUACGGAAGAGAUUGUUUGCUGGUAUUGCCCUAAUUGUUUAUUUGAAACGCCCAGUAGCAUGGUGAAGAGUGAGGGGAACAGAUGCACACGCAACUGUUUCAAUUGCCCUAUAUGUACGUCCCCUUUGGCUGUAUCCACUGUCGGGAACGGCGACGGGAAUGGCAGCUCGCAGAAUGGCCCCUGGAUAUUAACGUGCAGCUAUUGCAUGUGGACCACUCUCGAUAUUGGUAUUAAGUUUGAUAAACCAACAAAUAUCCGCUCCCAGCUGUCUUCCAUCUUCAAGGGAACUGAUCGGCGAGAAUCGAUUGCUAGACCGUCGCACAUGAGAUCACCGCUGUCCAGUUUUUCUUCCUUGCAGGAUAUAGCAGAUGGGCCUAGCCCCCAGGACGAGCAUCAAACGCAGGGCGCUCUCUCUGAGGAUAGCCAAUCGUCUCUCAACCACGAUGCCCGCUUUGCAGCAUUAAAAUCCUUCUAUCGGAGUCAGCUUGCAGAGACUACUUCGUCACCUGACCCAUUAAUUGGACCAGAACUUGGCUCGUACUCUUCACCGAGUGCACUCAGUCGUAUAAUGUCACUAUAUGCCUCAGGCCUGGGUGGAUUGCACGGCAGUGGCGCCAAAAAGGCCAAAUCUAGGCCACCCGUCAUGCGUGAAGCCCUGACGCAAUCCGAAGGAUUACAUAUCCCACCUGCAGGAGCAGAAAGCGCUACAGUCCAAAAGAUGGCCACGGAAGGUUGGGACGGGCUUGCCUCAAUGGAGCAACGAUUAUUCCAGCUACCAGGCACGCGGUUUGUGGAUGAUCUAUGCCCUCUCCCCGCCUUUCUCCGCACAAAGAGGUCGAAACGCUGCAAAGCCUGCAAGCACAUACUCGUUAAACCUGAGUUUAAACCUCAAUCUACACGUUUCCGCAUCCGUCUCAUCGCAAUCAGUUACAUACCCCUAACUAACCUACGACCCAUCGUCCCGUUGCCGCCAACACCACCCGUCAACCUCGACGCUCUUGAGCCAUUCAAACCAGUUCAGUUACUCCUUACCCUGAAAAAUCACAUGUUCGACCCAAUCCGUGUUACUCUCGCCACGCCAUCGGUGACCCCCGGCCGUGUAGCUUCGAGGGUCACUAUUCUAUGCCCGGAAUUCGAAGUAGGCGCGAACACCGACGUGUGGGACGAAGCGCUCCAAUCUAGUAGCGCCCCAGAUCCACGCUCAUCUAGAUCGGGUGUGGAAAAAGUUGCGGAAGCGGGAAAAGUCUGGGAUAAGGGCCGCAACUGGUCUACAGUGGCUAUGGAAGUGGUCCCGGGAUCACUGGCUGACCUGGGUGAAAGUGGACUAACUGAGGAUGAAGAUAUUCUUGAGAUACCUAUCUUUGUGAGACUUGAAUGGGAAGCAGAGGGGGUCAAUGAAGGUUUGAACCUGUCUUCAAAGCCAGGUAGUAAGAAAACCGAUGUGGAGAUGGUAAAGCGGGAGCUAGCAUAUUGGACGGUGCUGGGAGUCGGGAGAAUCGUCGCUAGCGGUGCGGGUGAAAGGUAG